AUGGAAGAAGCUGCUAAGCACCUCCUCUCUAAAAAGAGAGAGGAGAAGGUUUGGCCCAUCCUCUUAAUAAUGGGCAUUUUCUCAUGUAUGUUUAUACUUUGGUACUUAAUGGCGUUGCAGCACCGCUUGCUAGACAUCAGGUCCCCCGAGUUCCGGCUUGACUCGGUAGUUGUGUCCCCGUGCCCACUCACCCCGAGUCUUGCUGUUGCUGCUUCUGCUGGUGGCUCCUCCAACAACAGCAACUGGUACUUAACCGCCACAUGGGACCUGAGCCUGGUGUUUAUUAACCCCAACCACAUACUAGGCGUCUCUUACAACAACUUCCGGGCGGGACUCUUGUACGGGGACGAGGAGAAGAAGGACAAACUCAUUCUCGCAAUGACGCCAUUGCCUCUUCCACCUUUAAACAAGAUGAGCCAGACCACCAUCAACUUCAGCCUGGCAAUGGUGAGGUCAUAUGUGGGUGAGGACAUGGCAAAUGAAUUAUUAAUGGGAGGUGGCAGCGGUGGUUGUUAUGGGGCGGCGAGAUUGGGGGUGAAGCUGUUUGGUGAGCUUACUUUUAUGGUGCCGCCGCAAGGCAGUUUAGUAGAGAUCUUUGGAGCCAACAAUCUAUCAUAA